AUGAUUGAUUGUUUCGCCAGGUACACCCCAAAAAAGAAAAAGACAGUGUUGGUAACCGGAGACAGGCUGAGCCCGAACGCCGCAGUGUUUUUAAAUUUCGCUACUGCUUACUUUUCAUCUGUGGAUCCACAUAAAACGAUCGAACAAGUACUAACUGAAAUUGUUUAUAAAAGGACCAAUUGUGUCGACACUAACAAGCUCGAUUUGAGAAUAGAGGAUCCAGAUAAUGUGUAUAUUGUAAAAACUAUCGAUCUUCAUACUAGGGAAGAUAUUGUAGGAGUAUCAACUUUGAUACUUUUUAUGCAAAAAUGUGAUGUGGAAAAACAAAGAGAUAACAUUCGUAGGAUACUGAGAGUUGCUUCGAAUAAGACCAAGAAGACUAAACUGAAGAAAUUGAGAUUGCUACUGUGUAUCGAUAAUCAAGAAAACGAAGAGUUUGAUCCAAAGAUGCUAUUCAACAAUGAAAUAUUAUUCACACAUGGUGAUUACGAAUAUGUGGAGGUUUUUUCUGUAUCUGAAAAUGCAAAAUCAUUGGAAAAUGCCAUCUCUUCUCUCAUUUUGUGUAUUUCAGGCGUGAGGUAUCAGUGA